AUGUCACUUUUUAUUUCCCCAGUAUGUGCUGGCACAGAGAACAAGCUGAGUACACUGUCAGACCUGGAUCAGCAAUAUCGCACCCUGAGGAAGUACUACGAGAGUUGUGAAGUUGUAAUGGGCAACCUCGAAAUCACAAGCAUCGACCGCAGUCGGAACCUCACUUUUCUCAGAUCGAUCCGAGAAGUGACAGGCUACGUGCUGGUGGCUCUGAACCAGUUUGAAUACUUGCCUCUGGAGAACUUGCGAAUCAUCCGAGGGACUAAGCUGUACGAGGGCCACUAUUCACUCGCAAUCUUCCUCAACUACAGGCACGAUGGAAACUUUGGCCUGCGUCAGUUAGGCCUGAGGAACCUCACGGAGAUUCUAAGUGGAGGCGUCUAUGUCGACAAUAACAAGUUCCUGUGUCACGCAGACACUAUUCAUUGGCAGGACAUUGUCAAGAAUUCAGGUGUUUUUCCUGUGGUAGUACCCACCAACAGCAGUGUCACAUGUCAGAAGUGUCAUCGCUCCUGUAAUGGCCGUUGCUGGGGCCCCAAAGAGAACCAGUGUCAAAGCCUAACUAAGACAGUGUGUGCUGAACAGUGUGAUGGUCGCUGUUUUGGGCCCUAUGUGAGUGACUGCUGCCAUCGUGAGUGUGCAGGUGGCUGCUUUGGUCCAAAGGACACUGACUGCUUUGCAUGUACAAACUUCAAUGACAGUGGAGCAUGUGUAACGCAGUGUCCCCAGCAUUUUUUGUACAAUCCCACCACCUUCCAGGUGGAACACAACCCAAGGGCCAAAUACACUUAUGGAGCAUUCUGUGUCAAGAAAUGCCCACAUAAUUUUGUGGUGGACCAGAGCUCCUGUGUGAGAGCGUGCCCCAGUAACAAGAUGGAAGUGGAGGAGAACCACAUCAAGAUGUGCAUUCCUUGUACAGACAUCUGUCCAAAAGCAUGUGAUGGCAUUGGAACUGCCAGUCUACAGGCUGAUCAAACAGUGGACUCCAGUAACAUUGACAAAUUUGUUAAUUGCACCAAAAUAAAUGGCAAUUUGGUUUUUCUCAUCACGGGAAUCAAAGGGGAUGUCUAUCAUAACAUUGAAGCUUUGGACCCAGAAAAACUCAAUGUAUUUCGAACGGUUAGGGAAAUUACAGGCUUUCUUAACAUCCAGUCUUGGCCCGACAACAUAACCGACUUGAGUGUUUUCAGCAACUUGGUAACAAUCGGGGGGAGAGCUUUGUACAGCGGAAUCUCCCUGCUGGUGUUAAAGCAGCAUGGCAUCUUAUCACUUCAACUUCAGUCACUCCGAGAGAUCAGUGCGGGGAACGUGCACAUUGCAGAGAAUAGCCAGCUGUGCUACUACAACACAGUCAACUGGACCCGACUGUUCCGUGCUGCCAACCAGAAAACUUUGAUCCGUGACAACAGGAGCCCAAAGGAAUGCUCCAAGGAUCAUAUGGUUUGUGAUCCAUUGUGUUCCAAUUCUGGAUGUUGGGGUCCUGGCCCAGAUCAGUGUCUCUCAUGCAGGGACUUCAGUAGAGGACAAAGUUGUGUGGAAAACUGCAACCUGUAUGAAGGGGCUAUUCGAGAGUUCGCCAACGAAUCAGUGUGUGUGGAGUGUGAUCCCCAAUGUGAGCGGGCUGAUGGCGACUCUUUGACCUGCCACGGUCCGGGCCCAGAGCACUGUGUGAAAUGCAUCAAUUUUAAAGAUGGGCCUAACUGUGUGGAAAAGUGCCCGGAUGGACUGCAAGGCGCAAACAGUUUUAUCUUUAAGUACGCUGAAAGCAACAAUGAAUGUCAUCCAUGCCAUGCCAACUGUACACAAGGGUGCACUGGACCAAGACUUCAAGAUUGUAUUGGGUGGAUGGACAGAACCCCUUUGAUCGCAGCAGGGGUGAUCGGCAGCCUCUUCAUGGUGGUUAUCAUUGUGCUGAGUGUGGCGGUGUCUGUGCGUCGGAACAACAUUAAGAAGAAGAGGGCUCUUCGUCGCUUCCUGGAGACGGAGCUGGUCGAACCCUUGACACCCAGUGGGACAGCACCCAAUCAAGCUCAACUCCGAAUCCUGAAAGAAACAGAACUCAAAAGAGUCAAAAUCCUCGGUUCAGGUGCCUUUGGGACUGUGUACAAGGGAAUUUGGAUCCCAGAGGGUGAAACGGUUAAGAUACCUGUAGCCAUCAAAAUCCUAAACGAAGCUACAGGGCCCAAGGCAAACGUGGAAUUCAUGGACGAGGCCCUCAUUAUGGCCAGCAUGGAGCACCCUCACCUGGUACGCCUGCUGGGUGUUUGUCUGAGUCCUACCAUCCAGCUGGUUACGCAACUGAUGCCGCACGGCUGCCUUCUCGACUACGUCUAUGAACACAAAGACAAUAUUGGAUCCCAGCUGUUGCUUAACUGGUGUGUCCAGAUUGCUAAGGGGAUGAUGUAUCUGGAGGAGCGUAGGCUGGUCCACAGGGAUCUGGCAGCUCGCAACGUCCUGGUGAAAUCUCCAAACCAUAUCAAGAUUACUGACUUUGGCUUAGCCCGCUUGCUAGAUGUGAAUGAGAAGGAAUAUAAUGCAGAUGGAGGAAAGAUGCCCAUUAAAUGGAUGGCCCUGGAGUGUAUUCAUUACAGGAAGUUCACUCAUCAGAGUGAUGUUUGGAGUUAUGGGGUGACAAUUUGGGAGCUAAUGACCUUUGGAGGGAAACCAUAUGAUGGCAUUUCAACCAGAGAUAUUCCAGACCUCCUGGAGAAAGGGGAACGUCUCCCACAGCCACCUAUCUGCACCAUUGACGUCUACAUGGUUUUAGUCAAAUGCUGGAUGAUCGAUGCAGACAGCCGACCCAAGUUCAGAGAGCUGGCAGCAGAGUUCACCAGGAUGGCUCGUGAUCCGCAAAGAUACCUUGUUAUUCAAGGGGAUGACCGAAUGAAGCUCCCUAGUCCAAAUGACAGCAAGUUCUUCCAAAGUCUCCUGGAUGAAGAGGAGUUGGAAGACCUGCUGGAUGCUGAGGAGUAUGUGGUGCCACACUCCCUUAGUAUGCCACCUUUGACCUACACUUCACAAACUCGCAUCGACCCUAGCAAAAAUCAGUUUUGCUACCAGGAUCCUAAUUUCAGCCGGCAGAACACGAUGAACACCCUCACGAGGGUAGUCUCUGUUCCGCCUGUGAGUGCCGCCUGCUUGGUUACCCAGGACCUGGCUUCUGGAAGUGGAUUUGUCCGCGCCAAACAGGAGGAUCCACGAUGUAAUGGAACUCUAAGGAAGCAGGCCUCCCCGAGAGCAAGUGUCCUCGUGGCUGGCUCAACACUUUCCACAGUACAAGGUACGCGGGAGGAUUGUAGUGGACAGCGUUAUAGCGCAGAUCCAACUGGUCUUCUUGCAGAACGAGGAGCCAAAGUGGAGAAGGAACAAGAUCCAUAUGCCACUGGAAUGAGAGAGAAGAAAAGUUCAGAACUCAUGAACCCUGUUGAAGAAAACCCUUUCAUUACACGUCGCAGAAACGGAGAAGCCCAUGCAGCGGUCGACAGUGCAGGCUGCCACACUCUGCACAUGGCCGGAGCUGUCGCGGUAGCCGCUUCCGCAUCCGCCUCGGGGAGCCACCCAACCCACAGGAACGAUGAGUACAUCAAUGAGCCACUUUACCUGAAUACCUUUCUCAACCCCGGGGACAAGAAUGGAUUAGCUGCUGCCGUCUCCUUCUCUGUCCCCGGGACCUCUGCUGCCCAAACAGUAUCACAGACAGUCAACAAAUCCACAUCGAGCCACGCCAUCCCAACCUCCCCAUACGUUCUAGCCCCAGGUCACCUCCCUCACCCCACGUAUCCGUCACACACCCUGCAUCCGGGGCAUUCGGGACAUGCUCUGCACUCAGGCAUUACUGGCGGAACCAUCAUGUUGGAUAAGAAAGGCAAGAAAGCUACUUUUGACAAUCCCGAAUACUGGCAGCACAGCCUUCCUCCAAAAGCCUCCCUGCACAACCCGGAGUACCUGCAGGACUGCAGCACACGUUUCUUCUACCGACAGAAUGGACGCAUCCGCCCCGCUGUCGCUGAAAACCAGGAAUACUUGUCUGAGGCUGCAAUGAAAGCCGGCAAUGUGUUACCACCACCUCCCUACAGACAAAGGAACACUGUGGUGUAG